AUGUCUCAAGAUCUUGAUCAAUUAACCAUCAACACCAUCCGUCUUUUAUCUGUGGAUGCCGUGGCUGCUGCCAACUCCGGUCACCCAGGUGCCCCUCUCGGAUUGGCCCCAGCUGCCCACGCUGUGUGGAAGCAAAUGAAGUUCAACCCAAGAGACACCAAGUGGAUCAACCGUGAUCGUUUCAUCUUGUCCAACGGUCACGCCUGUGCCCUCUUGUACUCGUUGUUGGUCUUGUACGGCUACGACUUGGAAGUCGAAGACUUGAAGCAAUUCAGACAAUUGAACUCCAAGACCCCUGGCCACCCUGAAGCCCUCGAUGUUCCAGGUGUCGAAGUCACCACCGGCCCAUUGGGUCAAGGUAUUUCCAACGCUGUCGGUUUGGCUUUGGCCCAGACCCAAUUCGCUGCUACCUACAACAAGUCCGACGUCCAAAUCUCCAACUCCUACACCUACUCCUUCUUGGGUGACGGUUGUUUGAUGGAAGGUGUUGCCUCCGAAGCCUCCUCCCUCGCCGGUCACUUGCAAUUGGGUAACUUGAUUGCCUUCUGGGAUGACAACAGAAUCUCCAUUGAUGGUAGCACUGAAGUCGCCUUCACCGAAAACGUCGUCGAAAGAUAUAAGGCUUACGGCUGGCACGUGCUUGAAGUUCCUCACGGUGACACCGAUUUGGAAGGCAUUGCCAAUGCUAUCGAAGAAGCCAAGAAGGUUACUGACAAGCCAACCUUGAUCAGAUUGACCACCACCAUCGGUUUCGGUUCUCUUGCUCAAGGUACCCACGGUGUUCAUGGUUCUCCAUUGAAGGCUGAUGACAUCAAGCAAUUGAAGGAAAAGUGGGGCUUCAACCCAGAAGAAAACUUUGCCAUUCCUGCCGAAGUCAAGAACUACCUUUCUGAAAUUGUCAAGAAGAACCAAGAAGGUCACGAAGAAUGGAAGAAGACCUUCGACCAAUACAAGCAAAAGUACCCAGAAUUGGGUGCUGAAGUGCAACGUCGUUUAGACGGUAAAUUGCCAGAAGGAUGGGAAAAGAAUUUACCAACUUACACUCCACAAGACAAGGCUGUUGCCACUAGAAAGUUGUCUGAAAUCGUUUUGCAAAGCGUCUACGAUGCUGUGCCAGAACUUAUUGGUGGUUCUGCCGAUUUGACUCCUUCUAACUUAACUAGAACUACCUCAGCUGUUGACUUCCAACCACCUUCCACUGGUUUGGGUGACUACUCUGGUAGAUACAUCAGAUACGGUGUUAGAGAACACGGUAUGGGUGCUAUCAUGAACGGUAUUGCCGCCUUUGGUGCCAACUACAAGAACUACGGUGGUACUUUCUUGAACUUCGUUUCUUACGCUGCUGGUGCCGUCAGAUUGUCUGCCUUAUCUCACCACCCAGUCACCUGGGUUGCUACCCACGACUCUAUUGGCUUAGGUGAAGACGGUCCAACCCAUCAACCUAUUGAAACUUUGGCCCACUUCAGAGCUAUUCCAAACGUCUCCGUGUGGAGACCAGCCGAUGGUAACGAGACCUCUGCUGCUUACAAGAGCGCUAUCUCUUCUACCUCCACCCCACACAUCAUUGCUUUGACCAGACAAAACUUGCCUCAAUUGGAAGGUUCUUCUAUCGAAAACGCUUCUAAGGGUGGUUACACCUUGGUCAAGCAAGACAACCCAGAUGUCAUUAUUGUUGCUUCUGGUUCCGAAGUCUCUAUCGCUGUUGAUGCUUCCAAGAAGUUGGCUGAAGAAGGUUUCAAGGCUGGUGUCGUUUCUCUUCCAGACUUCUUCACCUUUGACAACCAAUCUCAAAGCUACAGAUUAUCUGUCUUGCCAGAUGGUGUUCCAAUCAUCUCUGUUGAAGUCAUGUCCACUUUCGGAUGGAGCAAGUACUCUCACGAACAAUUUGGUUUGAACAGAUUCGGUGCUUCCGGUAAGGGUCCAGAACUUUACAAGUUCUUUGAAUUCACCCCAGAAGGUAUUGCCGACAGAGCCGCCAAGACUAUCCAAUUCUACAAGGGUAAGCCAGUUUUGUCUCCUUUGAACAGAGCCUUUUAA